AUGACAGAAACCUCCACCGCACACGAGGCGGCCGCCGCGGGGGCGGGGAACCUGCAGCUCCCGCCGCUUGCGACAGGUGGGACGCCGAGGAGCGGGGGCCCGUGUCACCCGGCUUUGCCUCCCACGGCGAGAAGAACGAGCGCCUCCGUCGUCGCGCCUCCGCAGGACCCUCGCGGCGCCGCAUGCGGUGGCCCGGGCCCCCGCCACGCGGGCAGUCUGCUGAUGGACGAGGAGGAUGUUGCGUUUCUUUUCGCCGCCAUGACAUGGAACGUUGAUCUCCUGGAGGUGUUGCUGGCCAAGGCGGAGAACCCGCUUCACAGCCACGGCGCUCUUCACAACCUCCCCUGCCCCCAGCAGCUACAGCAACAGCAACAGGCGAUGUCUGUGGCGGAGGAGGCGCGGGUGGACACGCUCGUCAGGGCAGCCUUUCCAACGCUCGAGGAGGCGCUUUUGACGGUCGAAUCAACGCCGCGGGCGCGGGCGAGGAACAAAAACUGUCCUUCUGGCGGUCAUCAGAGCCGUCGCAGCAAGCGACGAAAAAUCGGACGCGGUCGCACAACGCAGCUACGUCUCUACUCAACGUUCCUGUAUGAGGCCCCGGCGGCGUGGGACGGUGACGAUGGGGAGGAGGAUGAAGAAGUGGAGGCGGUGGAGAAGAACAAGGGGCGCAAUAAAGACAGCAGAGGGAAAGAAGACGCCAUCGCACGGGUGCCGCACGACAUCGACGCAGUCGGAAUGGCGGAAGAAGCGUAUGAUACGUAUCUGACGGAGGAGGAAGAGAUUGACAUGCUACACACGCCGCAUCGCCGUCUUGAAGCCCACGAUGGUCCUCCAGUUGCCGCGAUUUCCGAUACAGUUGUUAGUAUUGUCCCCAACGCCAAUGAAAUUGCCCUGGAGGUUGCCAUGCCGUCGGAGGAAUCGACGGAGACGAAUGCGCAGCGGCCUCGCCCGGCCACCAUGCGUGAUUUUCUUCGCUUAUUCUUUCAAAGCUUCCUUAUUGUUGUGGUUGCCAAAUUACGGCAUCAGGAUCAGCAUGCUCUGCAUGAUUGCCCAUCGCGUUCGCUUUCUGCACUGGAAUAUCGUGCACUUGGUUUUGUGCGCCGUCAUCUUGCGGCGUUCAAAGCGAUUAUGCGUCGACAUGUGUUGGGGAGCGAGAGGGAAUUGGAGCGGCGCACAACACAGUCACUUCUUGUUGACGCGUUCCAGUGCGACCAGGCUGGGGAUGGCCACAAGGAUGUGGAUUGGAAACCGUUGUGCGCCCAAGUAUACAUUUCAGGGAGGGAGCCCGUGUCGCAGCCGCUGCUGCUUGAGACCCUUCGCAUCACACGGGUACUGCAGUGUCAUGCCAAUUUGCCUCCGGGUGGCGUCAGUGAUCCACGAUCCAUUGGGUAUGGCAAGGACAUGGCUGUAAAUUCGCUUUAUUGCUGGUGUCGACUCCUAUUGGAGGGGCCGGAUGCGGGAGUGAACAGCCCGCAAGGAGUGGAGGAGGCAGAGACCCUCUUCUUCUGCAGCGAAGAGCGGGAGUUGGCCCACGAGCUCUUCAGAAAGUGUCUCACUCCUUUGGUGUGGGAUCCGCAUAGAAGCUUUGGUCCGUACAUGGUCUACACCACAGAACUUCCGUACUCGAAGCGAUUGGUUGCCAAACUGGUUCUCCCUGCCGAAGAUCGAGCAUCGUAUGAUAUUUCUAAACACUUUCAGGAGGGCGUCUUUCGUUUUCUGCACGGCACCCCGUUCUUUUCCUUUGAUGCCUCACCACUUUGUGGGUCUCACGGCCUGCCGUCACCGGGUGGAGGUGGCUGCUCCCUCGUGCAUUGUUCGGCUGGGAUGCACCGCUCCAGCGGUCUAGCAGCCGCGUAUCUACUUUGGCUUGUAUUCCUGUCACGCGGUACACUCCCGGUUGUGCGAGAGGCCGGUGCCUCAAUGGCAGCGAAGCGUGAGGGAGAGGAACAACAGCAUCAGCAGCCCAUUGCUUCAUAUCUUUCUGCCGUUCUUCGGCAUCGGGAUGCAGUUCCAGGCCCCGCCGAUAGCAUGGCUGCAGAUGCAUCGGCCACAGUGACACCCCCACCGCUGCCGGCGGCUGUGGGAGAUGCAUGUACAGAUGCAGGGGGAGGUUGCAUAGACAAGCACGUUAAGGAGACGGACUCCAUGGCACACAAGCCCACAUCAAUUCUUGAUCUAUGCGUGGAACACGUGCGCCGGCAACGUUCCAUGGCUGUUCCUAUUCCUGCCGUGCACGAGCAUCUACGACGGUAUGCAUCCUACCUUCGUCUUCAGUGA